AUAUUACGGCAUCGACGCGCAGGCAAUCGGACUUUCUCUCUCUCUCAAACCUUGUCUCCCUAUUGCCGCCGUUCACAUCUCGGCGGCAACAACCACCGUCUCCCACUGCCUUUUCAACCACCAAUGGCCGCCGCUCUGCUCUUCUUCUCCUUCCUCCUCAGGCUUUAGCAAAGCGUAAGGUGUGGUGGUGUUUGGGGAGAUGGAAGAGCCAGGGCAACUUAAAACCGCUUUUAUUAACGCGACGGCUGGUUCGUUAUCAGGAGCUAUAUCUCGGACCGUCACUUCGCCUCUAGAUGUUAUUAAAAUCCGGUUUCAGGUUCAACUGGAACCGACUACUUCGUUUGCAUUGCUUAGCAAAAAUCUAUAUGGCACCUCAAAAUAUACCGGAAUGGUUCAAGCAUCCAAAGAUAUCUUUAGAGAAGAAGGCUUUUUGGGAUUUUGGCGCGGUAAUGUUCCAGCACUUCUCAUGGUCAUGCCAUACACUGCUAUACAGUUCGCGGUGUUGCAUAAAGUAAAGACAUUUGCUUCUGGCUCCUCCAAAUCAGAAGAUCACAUUCAUUUAAGUCCAUACUUGUCUUUCAUGAGUGGGGCCCUAGCCGGGUGCGCUGCUACAGUUGGGUCCUACCCGUUUGAUCUACUACGAACCAUUUUAGCUUCGCAAGGAGAGCCAAAGAUAUAUCCAAAUAUGAGGUCUGCAUUUGUUGACAUUAUGACAACCCGUGGUUUUCGUGGGUUGUAUGCUGGAUUAUCACCUACUCUAGUUGAGAUCGUUCCUUAUGCCGGCUUGCAGUUUGGUACAUAUGACACCUUUAAACGUUGGACCAUGGCCUGGAAUGCACGCUGGUCUACAGAUUCAGUGCUGAGCGAAGAAUCUUUGUCAAGUUUUCAGCUUUUUGUCUGUGGGCUUGCUGCUGGAUCAUGCGCUAAGGCUGUAUGUCAUCCCCUUGAUGUUGUGAAGAAGCGAUUUCAGAUUGAAGGAUUGCAAAGACAUCCGAGAUAUGGGGCCCGGGUUGAGACCCAUGCUUAUAGAAACAUGUAUGAUGCACUUAUGCGGAUCUCACAAAAGGAGGGCUGGGCUGGACUUUACAAGGGGAUUGUACCGUCAAUCGUGAAGGCUGCACCUGCUGGCGCCGUAACAUUUGUUGCUUAUGAAUAUACAUCUGAUUGGGUGGAGUCUAUUUUAACUUGAUUUAAUAAUAAUUGUCAUAUAUUUUUUGGUAGCGGUGGAACGAAGGAUUCCAAUAGGAUUAGUUUCAAUAAAAUUUAAUGUGAUUGAAUUGUAAUUUGUAAAACAAGUUCCUAUGAACAAAUGGCGUACAACUAUACAAUCAGAAGAGUAGAAACUCAUAACCCACAUUAUGGGUGGAAAGAUGAUCCAUAUAAUUGCAUUUUGCUUC